AUGUUUCCCUACGCCUUCGCCCGGCGGACGGCCACCCCACCCAACUCUGCCAUGGGCCGCCGCCAAACUCAAAAGGAAAUGCCCAAUGACUCUCAGAGAUCGGCCGAGAUUGGAAUUGGAGUUGGGGACAAGAAGCACGUCCGCAACCUCGAAAUGACUCGCACGCCCGCCAAGCGGGCCUCAAGCGGCGCCGGCUCGCGGCUAUCAGACUUUGGGGUCCCUGCUGCAUACGAAUACAUCGUACAGUACAUACAGAGGAAACCCCGAGUUUCCCAAUUCCGCCUCAGAUCGUCCUUCGGCAUCUCAUCUGAGGAUCGAUCAUGUCCCCUUCCCGGACAAGCGCCCCUUGCCCCCCCAAGCGAGAUUCACUUGAUCCACACCAAAGAGGGGGGAGAACUUUCGGCAGGGACGGACAUCUUCGCCUCGUCCAAGCAAACACGAAGGUUGGGCGUCAAAGUUUCAAUCCUCUAG